GGGGGGCAUCGCUCUGGCUCUGAACAAGCUGUCUCAGUUCCUGGAAGAAGCUCAGGUGACGCCUCUCUUCCUCUUCUUCGUUCCUGACGCUCUGAACGACCGGCACCCUGAGGUGCGGCGCUGCAUGCUGGACGCCGCGCUCUCCGCGCUCAACACACACGGAAAGGACAACGUGAGCUGCCUGCUGCCGGUGUUCGAGGAGUUUCUGAAGAACGCUCCGCAGGACGCCAGCUACGACUCCGUGCGUCAGAGCGUCGUCAUCCUGAUGGGGUCCCUCGCCAAACAUCUGGAUAAAAACGACCCCAAAGUCAAACCCAUCGUGGCCAAGCUCAUCACGGCUCUCUCCACCCCGUCACAGCAGGUGCAGGAGUCUGUCGCCGGCUGCCUGCCUCCUCUAGUCCCGGCCAUCAGAGAGGACGCUGCGGGGAUCGUGAGGAAUCUUCUGCAGCUGCUUCUGGAGAGCGAUAAGUACGCCGAGAGGAAAGGAGCCGCGUACGGACUGGCCGGACUGGUGAAAGGUCUGGGCAUCCUGGCCUCUAGGAGACGAGCAGGACAUCA